CAUAAACCCCGUCAGAGCGCACGCACUUAACUUUUCCCAUUAGUCCCAGGACAAGCAACGGACCGCAGUUACCAACCUUCAGUGCAACUUAUGGCACAAGUUUAGCAGGGUGGACUACUCCCUGAACAUUACUUAACCUCUCCGUGUUUGGAAAUAUUCCUGGAUGGACCUGGCGGAUAACAGCUGGUCCAUGGUUAAGCGCGAAGUGUCCAGCAGCCCUGGAUCUCCGGCUGAGAGCUACCUGUCCGGUGACAGGAGAGACGGCCCCGCGGCGGAGGAGCUCAGAUCCGCCGUGUCACAAAGCGAGCUGGACGCGUUGGGCCACAGGCGACACUCCUACGUCCACUUUGGACACCACAACAACGGGCUAGGCGCGUCCGAGGACAUGCCCCUGUUUACGGACUUAGACCAGGGCAGCAAACUGGUGCUGUCCGGGAGCACGCACAAAACGGGCCUCCUGGUGGACCCCAGUGAAAUGUACCAGACACUGGCCAUCGCCGCGGCGCAAACGCCCACCGGAUACGAUUCCUCCUCUGGGGGCUACAGCAUGCACUCCAGCCCUAACUCCCCUGUGUACGUGCCCAGCUCCCGCGUGGGGCCCAUGAUCCCUAACCUAUCAUACCUCCAAGCCGGUGGCACGCAGCCCAGCCACGUGUCCAGCCACUCGGUAUGGUCCCAGUCCGCACCAGAGAGCCCUUCAUACAGCACGAGUAGCCCACACGCAGCCAGCCGCUUCCACUAUCCUCCCAGCCCGCCGAUGAGUAACGGCACUUCCCGGGACACGGCCUAUAGUAACACUCUAAACGUGGGCAGCAGGGACCAGUACAGUCUGUCCCGGAGCCUCAGCGGAACCUACCCCAGCCCGUACUCCCCGUACGUGACCCCGCAACUGUCCCAGCUCCCCUCGCCCUGGAACAGCGGGCCCUUCGACAACACUAUGCUGCACACGCUGCAGAGCAGAGGCGCACCCCUCAUCCGAGGCCCAAAUGGAGUGUCCGACCUCCUGGAUGACAUGGGCGAGAGUCGGGAGUGUGUCAACUGCGGGUCCAUCUCCACGCCACUCUGGAGGCGCGACGGCACCGGGCACUUUCUGUGUAACGCCUGCGGCCUCUACAGCAAAAUGAACGGGCUGAGCCGGCCGCUCAUCAAACCACAGAAAAGGACGUCUACGUCCAGAAGAAUCGGCCUGUCCUGCGCAAACUGCCAAACGAGCACUACCACUUUGUGGCGCAGAAACGCGGAGGGCGAACCAGUGUGCAACGCGUGUGGCCUCUACACCAAAUUACACGGGGUUCCUCGACCACUGGCAAUGAAAAAAGAGGGAAUCCAGACCAGAAAAAGAAAACCCAAAACUCUAAAUAAAUCCAAAGGAUCCUCUGGAAACAAUAAUAACACCGUCUCCAUGACUCCCACAUCCACGUCUUCGUCCAACUCUGAGGACUGCUCCAAAACCAGCUCUCCCACAACACAGGUCAGCUCUUCUGUCCUGUCCAGUUCAGCGGAGGCCACUGUGUCAUCGGUGAAGUAUUCGGGACAGGACGCUCUGUACACCAGCCUAUCCCAGGACGUCUCCUCAGUGCGGGGUGAUGCGUGGUGCCCGAUGGCUUUGGCCUGACCCCUCCCUCCCCUAAAAUAAAGACUAUAAUCCCUGGUCCAAGCACACUGUCAUUCGGAAGUAUACCGGAGCAUUACUUGUUUCCUUGUUUGGAAGUGCCUGACUUUCCCUUCAAGUACGGAAUACCCAACUUCCAGAUUUGGGGAAUUUGGCCAAAAUGAUCAACAUUGUUUUUUGCUGUGGACAUCGCUUCUGGAGGCACUGGUAUUUCUCCCCACACCUCUCUGCACACCUUUUCACAUUGUACAUAAGGGAUUUUUCUCUUGGAUAUAGACAGUGCCGUUUUAAGCACAUCAGGACAAGUUAUAUCUUUCCCCACAACUGGAAUCAUGCAAAGACGACUUUUACAAAUCAAAAGGGAUAAAAGAAAUAUAUUUAUAAAUCUUCCAUUGUUGGCUCUGAUUGUUAAUAAAGAUAUCAUUUUAGAGUAGAACCUCCUUUGUGUUUCUUUAAAAGGCAAUUGUAGUAAUGCAUAUGAAAGCUCUUACUGGUUCAAACAGGGUAUAAAUGACAUACGUUUUUAAAAUAAAUUAUUUUCUUUCAAAUAUUCAAAUUCCCUAUGCCUUUAGUAUAACUGACAUUACGGUACUACCAUUCUUUGGCAUGUAACACAGUUGCUUAGUUGGUCUAUUUGAACAACCCAUAAUAAAUAACCUUUUUGUUACAAAGAGGACUGUUGCACUACAGGAACCUGUAUACUUGCUUUGACUAUGCAAACAUCACUAUUUUAAACAGUGGAGGAUCAAUCUAUUGUGACUGGAUUAACCAAAGGUGACAAAACAAAUAAAGUUGACAAAGUGAUGACUGAAUAUAAUUUUGUCUGACAGUGGUCCCUCUGUGUGGUAAUGUGGGACUGUAAUGUCCAGCUGAGGGGGCGGAGUCAAGUCCCCCCAUUCAUUUACACAUAAACGCCAGCUAUAUGAUUUUUAUUUUUACCUCACAGUUUUAUCCAAUAAUCAGUGCAUUUUUUUCUGGAAGUAUUUAUUUUUCAAAAUUAUUUCAUUAUAAUUUUGUUUUAUUUGUCAG